AUGGUCCGGACCGUCGCCCUGCUGGCGCUGUGCAUGGCGCUGGGGCGCCGCGGAGUCUUUGCCAGCCCAUCGGAGAAACUCGCGCAUGUGGCCCAAUAUGAAAGGGUGACACCUCACAGAGUGCCUGCAGCUCCUGGGAAGAGAGAUCUUUCUGCUCAAGUCAACACGUAUCCGGAUCAUGUUCAUUACAGCAUCCGUGCAGAAGGGAGGGACUAUGUUCUCCGACUGGAAAAGAACAAGGGACUGAUUGGGGAGCACUACACUGAAACCUAUUACUCAGAAAACGGCACCGAGGUCACUGAGAGGCCAGACACUCAGGAUCACUGCUUUUAUCACGGGCAUGUUCACGGACACAGUGAUUCAGCGGCAAGCAUCAGUACCUGCAGAGGACUCAGUGGAUUUUUCUGGGCCGAUCAGACAGUCUAUUUAAUUGAGCCGUUGGGAGGUGAUGAUAAGGGGGAGCACGCGGUGUACCGAACGGAUCACCUGAGAAUGAAGCGUGGGACCUGCGGAGACGCCAAUGUCACUUUGGAAUACGACCAUGAACCGAAAGUUGCUGCCGCAAUGAAGCCCCAUCACUGGAAAUCGGCUCCAUUUCAGAAAGGGACCCGAUACGUUGAGUUGGUCUUGGUCGUGGACAAUGCAGAGUACAAGAAAUCCAAAGACAUACGGACGAUUCAGAAUCGCAUGAAGGAAAUUGUGAAUCACGUUGACAAGCUUUAUCAGACUCUCAAUAUCCGUGUGGCCUUGAUAGGCCUGGAAGUCUGGAGUUACAAAGACAAGAUCACUGUGAGUCCAAACCCAGACACCACACUGGACAAUUUUCUUCAUUGGCGAGAGACUGAACUGUUACAGAAGAAGAAACAUGACAAUGCCCAACUGAUCACAGGCAUAGACUUCCAAGGCACGACGGUGGGGCUGGCCAAGAAAUAUGCAAUGUGCACCAGGGACUCAGGAGGAGUAAAUCAGGACCACAGUUUGAAUCCUAUAGGAGCUGCCUCAACUGUGGCUCAUGAGAUGGGACACAACCUGGGAAUGUCUCAUGAUGAAGAUGUUGAUGGCUGCAGCUGCUUGGCCCCAAAGAUCGAUGGAGGAUGCGUUAUGGCAGCUAGUGUUGGCAUGAUUUACCCAAAGUACUUCAGCAGCUGCAGUGUAAGUGACCUGCAGAAGUUUCUAAGUGAUCCCCGGACUAGCUGCUUACUGAAUAUCCCCAAGGCUGAUGAGCUGUACGGGGUGCCUGUCUGUGGAAACCAGUUUAUAGAGCGAGGGGAACAGUGUGAUUGUGGGACAUCCAAGGAAUGCAGGGAUCCCUGCUGCAAUGCCACCACCUGCCGACUAAGUGACGGAGCAGAAUGUGCUCAGGGAGAAUGCUGCCAACAUUGUAAGGUGAAGGCUGCUGGUGUGUUGUGUCGUGCCAGUAAGAACAGCUGUGAUCUGCCCGAGCACUGCACUGGCCUCUCAGCGGAGUGCCCGGAGGACGUCUUCCAAGAGAAUGGUGUGCCGUGCCAGUAUGGGAAUGGCUACUGUUACAACGGGGUGUGCCCCUCGCACAGCGAGCACUGCCGCACGCUCUGGGGCGCAGAGGCUCAGGUGGCCCCUGAUAUCUGCUUUGAGCACAAUGGCCGCCAGAAGGACCUGCAUUGCCUGACAGAGAACGGGAAAAGGCCCUGCAACCCAAAAGACGUUAAGUGUGGCACGCUGCAUUGCCUGAGUGGGAACAGGAACCCCAUUGGAGGGGGUGGCGUCUACUCCCUGUCUCUCGGGAGGGUGACCUGCAAAGUAGCUAUCACUGUCAAGGAAGAAAGUGACAUGGUGGCGAAUCUUGUGCUGGUGCCAACGGGCACCAAGUGUGGGGAGGAAAUGGUCUGCUAUGCUGGGCGCUGCCAGGACCUCCUGAUUUACGGUGCCAAAAACUGCUCUGCAAAGUGCAACGGUCAUGGGGUCUGCAAUCACAAGCGGGAAUGCCACUGUGAGCCCGGCUGGGCUGCGCCCUACUGCGAGCGGAAGCUCUCGGAGAUUGCAUCAGCUGGAAGCAGCGUGGUUGUUGCAGCCGUGCUGACAGUGGUGGUGCUGGUAGCCAUGCUGACCAUCGGAGGCUUUGUGUUCUACAGAGGCAAUGGGAAGAAAUACUUCCAGAAAGGGAGGAUUGUGACCAACACCACCAACGGGCUCUCCAACCCCAUGUUUCAAGAGGGCAGCAAUACCAGGAAAGUGAGGCAUGAGCUGCAGAGUUGCGACAUCAGCAGCCCAAAUCUUAUCUCUACAACCUCAGACCUGAAGAGCCCCAGGUCUGUGUACGUGCCCAUGACUCCCAGCAGGCCGCCGCCUGAGCCUCCUGCGGUGGCCAGCAGCACCUGUCUGAGCUCUCCAGCGUAUCCAGCCAAACCUGUGCAGGUUGGAGUUAAACCCAGUGUGGCACCUCCCCCGCUAGUCUCUGCAAAGCCCAAACCAGCUGCUGGCGAGGUGAAGCCGAAGCCACCGACCCGGCCUCUCCCCGAGCUGAGAAGCAAACAGCAGGCCGCUUCCUUGAAGGUGGCACUGAAGCCUCCAGCUUCACGGAGAUGAUCCAGACUGUGGCGGCUGGGACAGCAA